CUGUCAAAGCCGCAAGCAGUGACUGCGCAAAACACCAGGGAAAGAGAAACCACAGGGGUUCUCCUCGCGGUAACUUUUCUUCGAGUGUCGGUGAUGGGUGCAGUCGGCGAGCUGGUGGGCAGCUUCUCUCACGGCUUGGAGAGCUUUGCGCACGGGUCUCAUUUCGUCCUCACGCCCCCCGGGGACUCUGGUGCGCUGAUGAACGAGCACCUCGUCUCCGCCGAGCGCCUGUCACGCAGCACUUCACCGGACCUGACGCAUCUCAAAGGGAUCCUCCGUCGGCGGCAGCUCUACUGCAGGACCGGCUACCACCUCGAGAUAUUACCGGACGGUUCGGUCCAAGGCACGAGGAAGGACCACAGCAGAUUUGGUAUAUUGGAAUUCAUUAGCCUCGCUGUGGGGAUGGUGAGCAUCCGUGGUGUGGAUAGCGGAUUGUAUCUGGGAAUGAACAGCAAGGGCGAACUGUACGGAUCUGAAAAGCUGUCAGCCGAGUGUGUGUUCAGGGAGCAGUUUGAGGAGAAUUGGUACAACACUUACUCUUCUAACCUGUAUCGGCAUGGCGAGCGUGGAUCUCAUUAUUAUGUAGCCCUCAACAAAGAUGGGACGUCCAGAGAUGGGGCACGCUCCCGGAGACACCAGCGCUUCACGCAUUUCUUACCGCGGCCUGUGGAUCCAGAGCGAGUUCCUGAGCUUUACAAGGAUGUUCUAGGUCACAGCUGAAACCAAUGAACCUCAAACUCAAAACCACCCCAAAAAGCACCUGCAUGUCCCCCUCGGACAGAGCGCUCUCUGGAGAAAGAAGUGCAGGCGAGGGGGAAAAGUGGUCCUCAUUUGAGGUCCAAUGUUGGAGCAAAUGCAGGAGAUGGAAAGCCCUUGAUUGGAGUGGAAGGAAGCAGGCAUAUCCGGACUCUGGAUAGUUCCUGAAAGACAGAACAAUAAUCUGGAUCCAUUCACCAAGGGAGGUUGGAUUAAAAUAAAACAAGAGGGAGAAUGACAGACAUCUCUUACUACUACUGAAAAUUCUAGAAGGCUUCUGAAGGAAUUCUGCGAAAUGCUUUUGAGAUACUUUUCACAAAACACUGGCAUGGACAGGCGGGAGACAUAAACUCCCCCAAACUCAAUUUCUCUUUAGGUCCUUUAAUUUAUGUUUUUUAAAGAUAUUUAUUUUAUAUAUUUAUUUAUUUUGAAAGUAUAUUUUUACAAGAAUAUAUGCAAGAUGUACCAGGAGAUCAUGAGAGCUUUAUUUUCUACCACUAUAGAGACGUGACUUCUAGAGAUAGAACUACUGAAGAAAGUAUUUUCUUAUGAGUUACAUUUUCAACUUGUAUGUGGUCCCCCCUCCGUUUUUUGUUUAUCUCUUAUGUCAUUAAACCAGAUCCUUAAGAGCCUGCGAAUGUUACAGAAUUCACUGGGGAAUUAAACAGUUGAAAUGA